AUGACAAUCCCUGCAUUCCAAGGUAAAAAUGAUCCUGAAUUAUAUUUAGAGUGGGAGAGAAAGGUUGAACAUGUGUUUGAAUGUCAUAAUUAUUCCGAGGAGAAGAUGGUUAAACUAGCCAUUGUUGAGUUCCAUGAUUAUGCUAGUAUUUGGUGGGAUCAAAUGGUGACUAGUAGACGUAGAAAUGGGGAGAGGCCUAUUGGUGCAUGGGAUGAGAUGAAGGCUGUCAUGAGAAAAAGGUUUGUACCCAGCCACUACUAUAGAGAUUUGCACAGGAAAUUGCAAAGUCUAACUCAAGGCUCCAUGAGUGUGGAAGAUUACUAUAAGGAGAUGGAAAUAGCCAUGAUUAGAGCCAAUGUUGAAGAAGACCGAGAGGCAACAAUGGCUAGAUUCAUUGGAGGUUUAAAGAAGGAGAUAGCUGAUGUGGUAGAAUUGCAACAUUAUAUAGAGAUGAAGGAUUUGCUGCACAAAGCUAUUCUAGUGGAAAGGUGUCAAGGAGUUGGACAUAUUGCUUCUCAAUGUCCAAACAAAAGAGCCAUGAUACUGCUGGAUAAUGGAGACAUAGAGAGUGUGAGCUCAAGUGAUGAUGACAUGCCACCAUUGGAGGAUUGUAGUGAUUUUGAAGUUGCUGAACCUGUUGUUGGAGAUGUGCUUGUUACUAGGCGUGCUCUCAACAUGCAACCUAAGGCGGGUGGUAAUGAGGAGCAACGUGAGCAUAUAUUUCAUACAAGAUGCCAUAUAAACGACAAGGAAUUUGGUGAUAUUUUUCCAGAAGAAAUUCCCCAUGGAUUACCUCCUACAAGAGGUAUUGAGCAUCAGAUUGACUUAAUUCCAGGUUCUUCAAUCCCAAAUAGACCAGCCUACAGAACAAGUCCAGAGGAAGCAAAAGAAAUUCAAAGCUCGAAAGGAAUAAGUGUGGAUGAGGAGAAGGUAAGGGCAAUUAGAGAAUGGCCUACACCUAAGAAUGCAAAUGAGGUAUGGGAUUCUUGUUCUAAACAUGCUUUUGGGGACUAUUAUAGGCAUGAUGGUUUCUUGUUUAAGAAAAAUAAGUUGUGUGUGCCUGUUUGUUCCUUGCGUGAAAUGCUAGUUAGAGAAAGUCAUGGUGGUGGAUUGAUGGGACAUUUUGGGAUAAAAAGGACCUUAGAAAUAUUGCAUGAGCAUUUUUAUUGGUCUAACAUGAAGCAUGAUGUGCAAUCGGUCUGUGAUAAGUGCAUAGCAUGUAAACAAGCUAAAUCUAAAGUCAUGCCCCAUGGCUUCUAUACACCUUUGCCUGUGUCUAAUCAACCCUGGACUGAUAUUUCAAUGGAUUUCGUGUUAGGAUUACCUCGAUCUCAAGGUGGCAAAGAUAGUAUAUUUGUCGUUGUUGAUAGGUUUAGUAAAAUGGCGCAUUUCAUUGCAUGCUCUAAAAACCAAUGA